AUGUCCGUCAAUUCGAGUUUCUUUCUUUUAACACUUAAUUUUGUGAUAAUAUCGCUCCAGAAACUGCACAGCAAUGCGUUUAUCGACUUUGGUGAAAGGGGAAUUGUGGAAGCCGUCGUAUUUGCAGAAUUCACAUCUCAAUUUAGAGAGCCGUAUAAUCUGCUUUAUUUCAAGUCUGCAUUUCUUGUGGUUCACUGUCAGUUGAGAAAUCGCAGCAGCGAUACUCAAAACUCGCGUAAUGUGUUAGUCAAUCAGUAUUCCUCUCAAGGUAUGACUCCAAUUGUCACUAUCAUCACUUUAAGCUGGUCAAAAUCUUACUUCUUCGACCAACUUGUCCAAGGCGAAGACUGCUACUGGACGAUGAAUAUUUCGAAGCAAGAACUAUGGGAGCAUUACCAUGAAGAAAGCCACGGGAGAAUUCCGUGGCAGUUCAAAAUAGAACUUGGGCAAGACCUCAAUUUGUUUGAAUCCUGGGGAACUCUUGUAUUACCAGAUUUUGAGCCAAUUCUUUCCGUUCAAUUCGGAGACUAUAUGUCAGACCUGAACGCAAUUCCAGCUGUGGAAGAUGUCAUUGUAUGGCAGCAUCCAUGUACUCCGGGAGUCGCUGUUUUGGUUCCUGUGUUUGAGGUGAAAGAGUCUUUCACAGGUAAUUGGAAGGGAAAAUUAAAUGUGACCUUUAUUUUUGCUUUGAAUACUCCAAAAAUAGUCUGAAACUAAGCUAAAAUAUGAUUAAAAAGACACUGAAAUGAGGAAAGAAUUUUUAUGUGAAUGUCAUAAUGCAAAGUUAGAAACCCAUGUUCCUGCAACUAAACGUUGACCGCCAACGUUUGAAUUUCCCCUCUGUACUACUAAUUUUCUUGGUGUUGUAAUGAGGAUUAUAAAUGUACUUCAUACGAAAAGAAAUUAUAUUCACAUUUAAAGCACGAACAGCUGAAAAGCAGAUGGCGAAAGUUAAACUUUUUUCUUUCGCAUGGAAAACACGGUUCAGCGAAAAACUUCCACGUGGUCUUCAAUUGCGAGAAAAUUUUAUUUUCACUCUUUUAACUGUACGUCUCUAUGUAGUGUAUUCAGCUAAAUCGAACGAAAAGUAGCAAUCAAAAUCAGCAAUUAAAUAAUGGAAUUCUACUUCACCCAAUGAAAGUUUGACUAGAUCUAUAAAUUACAGAGAUCUUUCACUGUCUCUACAGGAUGCUACAUGGCUGUAACCCAUGGAAGUUUCACAUCAAACACCACACAUUGGUAUGAUCUCCUUCACCGCUCAUCUGGCAAACCAGAUAACUACUCUAUCUGCAAAGAAAGUUCGUUUACCAGUUGUGAAAAACUGUCAAUUUUGGACUUGGCUGUGUUUAACAACCACAUUUUGCUUGUAACCUCAAAAGGUGUGUUAAGGUCGGAAUCGAUCGAUGAAGCCUCAGGACUUAACAUAAGAAAGGUACGGUUGCCUUAUCAAAGGCUCGUAUUGACAGUAUUGGUGGGUAGCUUAAGUCAUAGAAUGAUUAGUGCUUUUUAUAUCAAUUUUUAUUCAACACUUUCAAAUUUUUUGUUAAAGUGAUUUAAAAAUAAAAGUUGCUAAGGGGUGGCAAUAACUUUCAUGAUACUACAAGGUAAGAAAAAUUAAUGAUUUGGAAAAGCGUUUCCAGCGAACGACGUACUCAACAUUUGAUUUCGCUUUUUUUUUCUGAUCCUUAAGUAGGUCUAACGGAAUAAAAAGUAUCUAUGUAAUGAAGGGUAGAUCAGGGGCUCUUUUCUGCCGCUUGACGUUACGCUAUACGUCAUGUUUAGACUACUAUUUCUUUUCAAGAUUUUGAGAGGGAUGGUCUCAACUUUAAUCUUUUGUAAUAAUCAACUAUUACCAAUAAUUGAGUCAACUGUAAAGUUUAUGAUACUUUCCUUAACUCUAAAGCUCAAGUUUCAAAGAGCACCCAAUAUACAUCCGAUAAUCGAGCAAGCGUUCAAAGAUGGGACAGUGGAACGUGACAGAAUCAAGUUGCAUCAUACAGUUCACUGUAAUAGACACGAGAUAUUGAUCACAGAGCAUGCGGUACAUUUGGUUUAUACGCCGUCUGGCGGGGAAUAUUCUAUUCUUCUAACAAGUAAACCUCCCUUUGAUAUAUGGUCUCCUAUAAAGCUUCCUGACCAGAUGAAGUCUUUCACUGUGCUUGGUGUCGCUUGGGACACUCAAAGAACUACAGCGGUUUUGCUUGUGAAGGACCCUUUUAAGGUAAAGGCUUUGAGGGUCUGCAGAAGGGAUAUUCUGAAAUUCUAAAUUGCUGAAUUAUAGCUUGUAAUAUCUGUAAAUGUAUUUGAAUGUUUUUCAACAACAAUUUGUUAUUGUUACUGGUUUUUUUUUUUUUUUUUUAAAUAAUAAGUAGUGUAAGGAAUGAUAUAUUCCAAAACGUUAUUUUGAACACGAAGUAAUACCUGGUAAAAAGCUCAAGCCCAUUGAACAUUUCGAUUUAAUUAAAACAAGUCACAAAGUCUGAAACGUCAUUUAAAAAUCCAGCUUUUAACUGUAAAUCACAGGUCAAGAUGUCGGAAAUGUGCAAAGAGGAAUAAUACUUGCUAAUUUUUCGGAGCCCUGUAAACUAUUGCAGCUGUUUAAAUUAGCAAACGGUCAUAUGAUAUGUUCUUAUUUCACAGCCUAUACAAUCCCUGUUAUUACGAACUUUGUGAUCGGCAGGGCUCGAUUGAUUUUUCCAAUGUGUAUAUCGUUUUACUGUGUUCACAGGUACAAUGUUUGGUCGCAGUACUUCAUCUACAGACAUUCCGACUUAUGCAGCCCAUUUUUCGAUUCCCAAAUCAUGUCAAAUUUAGAAGGAUUAAUAUGCAUGUUCACACUCAUGUUAUUUUCGUCUAUGGAUCCCAGGUAAGACAUCAAAGUUUAAAAAGACACAAAUCGGCCGUGGGAAGUAAAGAGGCAUCUACCAGCCUAUAAAAACUCGUAAUUUUUUGCGAGAGAGUACUCAGUAUUUUCUUGGUAAAUGUUAUAGCUGGCAUCAUUGGCUUCUACGGCGGCGGAAGGCUGGGGAGAGAAAGACAUGUGUACCUUUCCCCGCCCCUUUCCCCACCGUCCACUCCAAACCCAAAUCAAACAUGGUAGGUCGAAUAAACGAUCGCGAGCUUGCAACGUUAACUCACCCUAAUAAGACACAGGGCGUGAAAUUGCGCCUGAUACAGGCGCCAAUGCGACUAAAUUUUCACUUUGGCGACCAAAUCCUGAAAGUUAGUCGCCAAAUUGGCGACUAGAACGUUUCAUCAUAACCUUGCCAAGAGAUAGAGUGAAUUAAAAAGAUUUGUAAAGAUAAAUCCGCGGCAAACUUCCUCGUUAAGUUUGUUUCCAAAACGUAGCACAUGCAUCUCGAUCGAUAACUAGACGCCAUCUUGGAUUUAGAUGAGCCUGAACGUUGUUUAUCAUCCAUCCAUAAAGAUCUUUUCGCUAACUUAAUUUUGGAGGGUCUAUCUAGAACGCUGACAGCGUAAAGAAAGAUUUUGUUUGUCUUUGAAAAUGGCGACCAACUUGUUUUGAAUUGGCUACCACUGAAGAAUUUAGGAGCCAAGUGGCUAUCAGAAAAAAAAGUUAAUUUCACGCCCUGAGACACCUGCACUGCAGGUUAGGCAGCCUGAGCCCUUGUUUUAAAUUGGAAGUAUAAGAUAAUAGUUCGCUGCUGCAGCAGAUGGAGAAAAAAAUUAAUCUAAUAACCUUCGUCAUUCUUAUGUUCAUCUUUCGGUACAGGGGUAUGUUAUAGUUUUAAUGAUAGGCCUAUAUGUACAGGGGUUAUAGAAGAAAGGUCUAAGUUGGAAUGAUUUUGCUAUCAUACCAACAAAAAGCUUAUUUCUUACCUUUUCUCUUAAAUCUAAACUUAUCAAGGCCAUCAUUAAGCUCAUGUAAUGUAAUAUAAUAUUGCAAUUUUUUGUAUGAUUGUUAUGCAAAUAAGAAUAAGAAUUUUAAAAAAAUGUAAGAUAGGGUCAUUCAAAUUUAACUUGAUUUAAUGACCCAUUUAUGGGCCAAGGUAAAUGAGAAGCUUAGAAAGCUCUCUUGCGACUCGUUUCAUUGUACCGCUGUAGUGUGAUCAGAAAUUGAUUUCAUAAAAACGAUUUAUGAACUUAGUUUGGGGUCCUUUAGGUGUGGUUAUCUCUAGACGGAGGAAACUCGUUUAAUAAGAUGCUGGAUACACAGCUCCGAGGUGAUUCCGUAUCGUCAAUUUUUACCAAUGCCCUGGGAGAUGCAUUUGCAUUGGUUACAAGUCUUGGUGCUGUGUACAGUGGCUGGUCAGGUAUUCCGCGAGUCAGUCGCAUUGAGCCACCUGCAUCCUUUACCAAGUGCUCCCUUAAGCUGCCUUAUUUUCAGCAUGAUAAGUUGGUCAACAUAAUUUGCGUGCAGAACGUAUCAAGUGAGCUGAAAUUCAGUAUUUACAGUAUUGAUCUAGCUUCACAGAUCAAAGCAGACAUGAUUUUCCUUCACAGGCCUCUUCUCGUUCAUUUUGUAUCUGAAAGAAAAGUGGAAUUUUUAGCCUUUUGCGGAGAUGCCUUUUUCUCAGAUCAGAUUGGUUGUUCUGACUCGUUUCAGCAAUCUGAUGUUGGACGCGUAGUGCGAACAAAAAAUGGGGGCUCAGCAUUGAUAACUGAGGUGUACGACAGCAAACUCACGAGUGAGUUUAGUGCGCUUGUCACUGCUCUUGUUAUUAAACCAUUCGGUCUUGUUGACAGAUCAGACUCUCCAGCACUCCAUUACACUCUUCAAUUAAACAUUACAGGUUCACAUGCUGAAUUGCACCUGCAGAACUCAGGAAACGAUUCGGGCUGGCAAGGGGCAGACAUCGGUAAGACGGUUCUUCUGUUCAAUGGGAUAAGUCUGAUUCUGACGGCGUGCAAAAGUCUUUCAUCCGCUACUGGAAGGCUACCAAUGUCAUGGGAUGAUACUGGAAUUUACACUGAAUUUUUUGAAGAAGGAAUGUGGUACCUCAUGGAUUUUCGUCCUUUUAAGGGCUUUCGUCCGCUAAGCACUCCAGUUCUUCAAGUGCGCAAAACGGAUCUUAAUCAUGCCAUAGCAGAGUUGCUAAAUAAUGAUCAGUUCUCAUUUUCAAGUGAUUUUGUCGGGCAUGUCUUAAAAUAUGACCACAAGUGGGGCUUGAUUACCUCUGUCAGUGAUGCCUCAGUCGAUAUCAAGAGCCCUGGUGACUUGGAGCCGGGUAACUAUACCAACAACUGGGGUGUUUACGAAGCGCAAGUUAGUAAUAAUUCGUACAUCCCUUAUAUUCCAAAGCCUCAAUUUCAUGGUUGGUGGUUGGCAGAAGACGAGUGUCGACAUUUCCUUUUCGAAGAGCCGCCCAGUAGGCUAGAACUCUACCAUUUGGACUCUGGCGAAAGUCUUAACUUUACCCUCCGCGUAAUAUUCAAAGGAGAAGUAUAUAAAAAUCCCACGAAACCUUUCGUGAGGCUGUUUAUUGGAAAACCUUCCCUGUUUUAUGUGAAGUCAUCUUAUCGAUACCAAAACAUGAAUCACACUCUCCAAGUCAAUUUGACAAAAAGACCUUUUAUCGUUGGAAUAUCGUCAGUUUCUGUUAGAUUAGAACAAACUGUUUCUCUGAUAUGCAAGGAGGCAUCUUAUACCGUGCACGGGGGUUGUCCACCGGAUAAAAAGCUUCGUUUCUUGUAUCCUACAUCAUUUUCUCUUGAUGCAUUUUUAGAUUCGGAAAUAACUGAUUCCAAAGGCAUAGUGAGGAACAUAAAAGUACCUUUCAACUACAGAACUCCAUCUUCACGAGGCAAAGCAAUACCAAUGUCGGAAAAUACUUACAACGUGGACCCACAAAAACCACUUUACAAAACCACGUAUGCUAUCACUAGAAACACACUUCGAUAUAAACAAUGUAGAGGGAAAAAAGUUCGCUCUGAUUGUGGAUGUUCGAGGCAAAUGAGAGGGUCUUCUCUUGUUGAACAUUCGGACUGCAUUGAUACUGUCUACCGCGUUAUGUUCAGUGAAAAAUUAAUUCCACGCUUUGUGGUGUUAGAAGAGCAUAAGGAAGAAGAACCUCUACGUUUCCCAUUUUAUCUUGAAGAACUGAAUCAAAGGAAAGAUUUCAUAGUACUUUCCCCGAGUGAUCUCACUUUUGUUGGAAUAUCACCGCCAGUGUUAGAACAGAGUCUUAACAGUUCGAUACAGUUUGAAGGCUCGGGCUUGUAUCAUUUUCGUGCUCGAGUUGUACAAGAGAAUUACACUUUCGGUAUCUUGACAAAUGAAUUUGUGGUUUUUGUCGUCGAUACUCCUUUGCCUUUUCCUGUGAAUGACGUUGUAAGAGCCUGCACGGGAAUGGGAUUUGCAAGUUUGUUAUUUAUUGUUUAUAUGAAACACUUUCAUGGGAAGAAGAAGAUGAAGAAUGAUUAG